CCGCAGCCCAGCCGGGCGCGCGGUGGAGUGCCGGGGUGCGGCUGGGCUAGUGGAGCCGUGGCCCAGCCGGGAUGGCGACGCCGAUCGCUCCGCGCCGGGGAGCCGGCGCUACCGGCCGGCGCUGGUUGGUGCUGCUGCCGCCCCUGCUGCUGGCGGUGCUGCUGCCGCGGCCCGCGGCGGCCCUGGUGGAAGGGCUCUACUGCGGCACGCGGGACUGCUACGAGGUGCUGGGGGUGAGCCGCACGGCGGGCAAGGCGGAGAUCGCGCGGGCCUACCGCCAGCUGGCUCGGCGCUACCACCCCGACCGCUACCGGCCCGAGCCCGGCGACGAGGGCCCCGGACGGACGCCGCAGAGCGCGGAGGAGGCCUUCCUGCUGGUGGCCACCGCCUACGAGACUCUUAAGGAUGAAGAAACUCGAAAAGAUUAUGAUUACAUGCUGGAUCACCCAGAAGAGUACUACAGCCAUUACUACCACUACUACAGCAGGCGCUUAGCCCCUAAAGUGGAUGUGAGAGUUGUGAUCUUGGUCAGUGUGUGCGCUAUUUCAGUGUUUCAGUUUUUCAGUUGGUGGAACAGCUACAACAAGGCAAUCAGCUACCUGGCCACAGUGCCCAAGUACCGUAUCCAAGCCAUGGAGAUUGCCAAGCAGCAGGGAUUGCUGAGAAAAGCCAAAGAGAAGGGCAGAAACAAAAAGUCCAAAGAGGAAAUUCGUGACGAGGAGGAGAACAUCAUAAAGAACAUUAUAAAAAGUAAAAUAGAUAUAAAGGGAGGCUAUCAGAAACCCCAGUUCCGUGACCUUCUCCUGUUUCAAAUUCUCUUAGCUCCCUUUCACCUGUGCUCAUAUAUAGUCUGGUAUUGCCGGUGGAUCUAUAAUUUUAACAUCAAAGGCAAAGAAUAUGGGGAAGAAGAAAGACUAUAUAUCAUACGUAAAUCUAUGAAGAUGUCAAAGUCUCAGUUUGAUAGUCUAGAAGAUCAUCAGAAAGAAACUUUUCUUAAACGGGAGCUUUGGAUAAAGGAGAAUUAUGAGGUCUACAAACAGGAACAAGAAGAGGAACUAAAGAAAAGACUGGCAAAUGACCCUAGAUGGAAGAGAUAUAGGAGGUGGAUGAAGAAUGAAGGGCCCGGACGGUUAAUGUUUGUGGAUGACUGAAGAUUGCUGGAAUGCUACUAUGCCAAACCUUAAUUGUGAUACUAUUUUCAUAACUGAAUUAUUUUAGAAAUGUACUGACUGUUCCUCAGCAGUAACUAAAAUUCCUCAAGUAUUUGAUUAAACAGAAUAAUGUAGAAAUUUAAACUUUCCCUUCAAACUUUAUACAUAAGACAUUUAUGAUUGUUCAAUUUUUAUAAUCAAUUUGUGGAUUUUGUUAAAAGAUUUGACAUGAAGAUUUAUUAGU